UCAAUGGCUAGUAAGACAAUAUGCAUGUUUAAUUACCACAUAUUUUCAAAAAAAAAUACACAACUAAAUAUCGAACAUACUUACCAAGUGUUUGUUUACUGGUUUUUGAUUAAAAUUAUAGGCUCCUCGACCCAAAACACUUUUGAUGAUGAUGAUGAUGAUGAUAAGUCCCACCUCUUACCCCAACACAGGUUUGAGAAGGACGGAAGUAUCUUUACGAUAAUAUUACUCUUAGGUAGUUUUUGAAUAAAAUAAAAAUUUACGAGCAAGUGGUGGCAUCGGACGUCAUUCAAAAGAAAUCACCAAGUCAUACACACACCCAAAACGACCAACGUAGUUUCAUCAAGAAAAAACGGGUCAACUCCAUCGAACACAUCAGGACAUAACUGCGACAUGCAUAUGGCCAGUUCCACUGGUGCCACACCGGCUCCAGGGCACUACCUUCCGAAGCAGCAGAACCUAAUGUAUUGGAAAUUAUCAGGACACACUGCAACAUGCAUAUGGCCAGUUCCGCUGGUACCAACGAUGGCACCAGGGCACUACCUUCCGAUGCAGGAGAACCUAAUGUAUCUGGAAUUGGCCACUUACAAUCAUCAAUGAGUGAAUCUCGCUGUGACCUCCCAGACAUGCAGACAGCAAGCUCUCCCAAACUAAAUCCGAUUGUCCACUUGUACGCGCGCGUGUCUCAAACUUAUGUUGUCUCUUUCUUAUAUAUUUUUUCUAAUUUGAUUUCAUAUAUCAAGAAAAAUCUUAUCAUCAUCAUCAAGCUCAUGAUGACAAGUGCAGUUGUACAUAACAUAGUGACAUAGGACUUCUACACAAAUAUGACAUUACACAGUUUGUUUAACAUAUGCCGCACACCUACGUUUGAAGUCUGGCAAGUUACUCGCAUUCUUGAUUUCUCCGGGUAAUCUGUUGUAUAAUUGAAUCCCCUUGAAAAACAAAGAGUUUCUGGCACCAUGUGAAAUUAAGUUGGAAACCCUCGGCUCAUUUGCUCUGCGUGUACAGUGCCGAUGAACAUCAGAUCCUCGAACAAUGCGUUCCCCUAAAUACCCUGGCAAAAGGCCCCCCAAAAGUUUAAAUAUAAAGGUCAUGGUUUGAUACACAAUCCUCUGCUCAUCCUCGUUUCGAGUUAGAAACUGGACCAAUUGCUCCUUAACCACCAAUUCCAGCACCUUUUCGAGUACAAGCAACAUAUUGAUGGGACGAAACUCUUCCGGACUGGCAGCUCCGCUCACUUUAGGAAUAGGUAUUACCAAUGAUUCCUUCCAAGUCUCCGGAAAAAUACCCUCCUCCAGGGACUGAUUGAUCACUAUAAGAAGAGACUCUCCUACCACAUGGAAGCAAUCCUGAAUAGUAUUACAGUUAAAAUUCCCUAUGCCCGCUGUUUUGGACAAACUGAAACAAAUAGUUUUUAAUUUCUCUUUUGUUAUUUUCUGAAAUUUGAAUUGGUUUCCUGGAGCAUCAUUACAAAACAAAGAAUCGGGCGCUCUGGCAUCAGCAAUGUUUUGAUUUAUAUCUAAAACACUGUUUACAAAAAAACAAAUUGAAUUUCUGGCAUAUUAUUGAAUCUUCCGAUUCUACCAACCCAUAAAACUUUACAACAGAAACGCGUGAUUCCUCUGGCCUUAGUAAACUUUUAAGCACUUUCCACAACUCCUUGCUAUUUCCUUUAUGCUUAGAUAUCUCACCACUAAAGUAAUUUCUACGAGUAGUUUUGAGAUUCCUGCUGUAUGUAUUCCUUAGUCUAGUGUAUUCAGUCCAAUCGUAGCCUGAGUUUGAUCUAAUAAAAUGUUGGUAUGCUUCGUCUCUUUUCCGUUUCGCACGGCUAAGUUCCAAAGUAUACCAGCUACUAGUCUCUCUUGACAAGAUUGUCUUCUCUUCAACCAAGGUGCCCAUAGCUUUUUUCAAUGUGUUCCAUAACAAGUCUGCAGCUUCGUUGAAGCUCGGCGCUUCUUGCCUUAAGCCUUGUGACACAUGAUUGCAAAGAGCAAAUUUCGAGUACCUAUUCCAGCAUUUAAAUUUUUGUUGAAUCGUUUCCGAUAUUUUUAAUAACGGAUCAGUAGUGACCUUGAUUGAGUCUGUGCUACUGUAAACCUGAUCGAUCAAUGUUCUGCUCUGCCUAGCAAUUCGUGUGAAUUCGUUAACUUUUUGUUUCAUGUUUACUGAAUCCAUUAAGCUUUUCAACUUCGCAGAUUUUUCAACAUUUAACCAGUCAAUAUUGAAAUCACCGACGAUAAUGUUAAGUUUGCUAAAAUUCAAGAACCUAUCUAACCAUUCUUCCAAAAUGUCAACAAACCUUGAGUUACUUGCACUUGGCGAAUGAUACAAUAUCCCGUAAUUGCCUGCUGUCAUUCCCUUAGAAACUGCAACACCAAGAAACCAAUUACCCUCCAAUGAUUCAUUAAAAAUCACCUUUAGGACAAUUUCGCUCCUGGCAUAAACAGCUACACCUCCUGUAUGACGUGAGUGGGACAAACACGACACAACCCUAUAACCAUUAAUAUGAAACUGCUGAAAUGUUUCUUCCUCAAUCACAUGAGUUUCAGAGAUUAAGACCAGCAACGGUUGAAAUUUCUCUACUGUCUCACGAAACAUGGCGUAGUUGGACGAAAGAACGGCUACAUUGAAAUAUAAAAUCUCUCUGAACCGUCCUAACUCCUCCCCUACCUGCUAUUGAGAAAGAUUAAUUAAUCAGUAAAGAUUAAUCACCCUCGACAACGCAGUGACGCUGUCGACCGAGAUACUUCACGCGUGUUUUACAUUCACAAAACAAUAAUACAAAUACUAAACAAUGAUACCGCAGGUAGCACUAACAUUAAGUACAAGAAGAACAAAACAAAAUAACACUUAGCUCUCUAUUUCACAAGUUUUCACAGUUCAUAAACGGGAGCUACACAUUCACAGGACUGCACUUGUCACCAUUCACCUCAAGAAAAAGUGAAAAAUAAAAAAAUUUAAGUGAAAAAGUGAAAUUUUGAAAAAUAAAUUAUACCAGCCUCUAGCUUCGACCCGCCGCCGCUAGAUGGCGUACGCGUUCACAAAAAUUACACUCAGGAGUACGAUCAAUGUAGCCCGGCCGUAAGCUUUUUAUUAUUUAAAAGCAACAGCCAAUUUAUACGAAUAUUACAUAGUAAAAAGAACCGAUCUUCCAAGAAGAAAAGAUCUUCCAAGUAUUCCUCGUGCAUUGCCGAAUAAUCAGGAUAUUCAGCAAUAAGCUGAAUAAUUCUGUUUUCAAUUAUUCCCCUGUCUUGAGGAUUUUUUCUAUCUAAUAAUGUUCUUGUAUAAUUUUCAAACGUUCCUUUUUUACGACGAGUAAUGUGGUAUUUCAUUACUUCAGUUGUUAAAUCAAUAGCCUCAUUCAAUUUGCUGUUUUCUUCAUAGAGGGCAUAUCUUGACGCUCUUGAUAUCUUGCAACGCUUGGUCCCUCGAUUUGUAAUCGUGUCAGGUGUUUCAUUUUCAUAUGAACUUCUAAACGAUAUUUCUCCCUUCAAGAAAAAAAAAUACAAUUCGUAUUAAUAUAUAUUAUUAGCAGCAAAGUAUAGUAAAGUAUAAAGUCAUAAUUGAAAAUUUCUUGUUUCAGCUACCAGUACGAAAACGCAUGGAAGCAAGUUAUCCUCGGAUUUCAUAAUAAAUACAACUUCCCCCAUGUAAUAGGCGCAAUAGAUGGAACAUAUGUGAGACUACGGUGUCCAUUUUUUCAACUAUAAAUGAUUUUUCAGCAUGGUGUUGCUAGCUAUAGUAGAUGCUGAAGGUCAAUUUCUUUAUGCUGAUGUUGGUGGAAAAGGAGGCGUAUCGGAUGGAGGAAUAUUGAGGAAUAGUGAACUAUACCAUAAAAUCGAAGAACGAAUUAAGUAUCCCAGAGCCUGAGAUACUUAGACUUCCAUACAAUAUUAAGAUCCCGUACACGUUUUUGGGGGACAAAGCUUUAGCUUUAUCUAAAUAUUGUAUGUGGCCAUACAGUGUCGGACAAAUCAAUAGGACCACUGAUUAAUUUAUUAUUCAAUUAUCAUAUUUCAUUACCUAAAGUGAUAUUUACCAAACUUUCAUGAAAGCACAAUUAGAAUGUUGGCUUUAAGGCCGUUUUUAAUGUUUGCAUAUAAGUUAACAAACAAAAAAAAAAUUCAAAAUACUACAAAAAUCGUGCGUCAAAAUAAUAGGACCAGUUCAGGAAAUAUUAAUAUAAUAAUCAUUUAUUAUUAGUGUUAAUUAUUAUUAACGACCGAUUCGCUCGGAAGGUGUUGUUCCCAGUAAUUAUCAAUAGAGGGCGACACGGCCCGCGUUUAGGGCGGUGGCAACGCUUUUUUGCAUGCGAUUUUAUCGGACGGUCUGUCAAAUUUUUUUAUGGAAUUUGACAGAUAACGUCGGACGACGAAAUCGCACGUCCGUCAUUAUAUGUCAAAUCCCAUAUAAAUCUCGUCCGAUAAAAUCGCAUCCGAUCAACGUUGCCACCGCCCUUAAGCCCGUGUCUGUGCUCCAUCGGAUGCGAUUUUAUCGGAAGGCCUGUCAAAAUUUUAUAAGGGAUUUGACAGAUAACGUCGGACGUGCGAUUUCGUCGUACGACGCCAAAGUGGGUAUAGGGACUAUGUGGGCUUAUAGGUUUGGCGGGAAGGCCAUAUUGGACGAACGAAUGACAGGAGGGGAUUCGAUUGUGAUACGUAGUUUUUCACCCAUACUACGACACAUCAACCAAAACAGCCAUUGGUAUUCACACGCCUACAUCAACAAAUGAUCGAAUCCCCUCCUGUCAUUUCGUUUUCAUUUUUCUACAGCACGGCUGUCAAAUUGUUCGGAAUAAGCCCACCUGUAUAAUAAACCCACUUUGGUACGACGCAAUCAAAAAUUUUUGAUUUCGUCGGACGCCGCUUCCGAUUUUAUCUGUCAAACUAAAUGUGUGGUGUUUUGUAGGAACAAUGUCAACUUAAUUUUUCAUAAUCGUUACCGUAUUAAUAGACGAUGCUAAAUCUCAGAUUGCGCAUAUAUUUUUUGAAUGCGUUGAGUUGUUUUGUUUUGGUUCCGCCACAAUUGAGCGAGUUUAUUCGUGAGCAGCUUCAUUUUCCAGCCAUGAGUGAUGAUUUAUCAAACAACGAUCAUAAUUACAACCGGCGUCUUCGGCGAAACCGUCGGUGGUGGAUGCGACCAGUUUUCUUCCGCAGAAGACAGGAUGGAAAUCGUCUGUUGGACGACAUCAAGGCCGAAAUGGUAAACGAUACGAUAAAAAAUUUUAUGCGGAUGAAACACGAAGAUUUCGAUCGUCUUUAUGUCUUGGUCGGUCCAGAAAUAAGCCGCAUGGAUACAAAUGUGCGAGAAGCGAUCACGGCCCAAGAAAGGCUUUUAAUAACAUUGCGGUAUUUGGCAACGGGGGAGACAUUUGCAAGUUUGCAAUACUUGUUUUGGAUCCCGUCCACAGCAGAAGAAUGGAAGGAGAAAUCAAAAAAGUUUGAACAAAGGUGGAAUUUUCCGCAUGCAAUUGGGUCCAUUGAUGGCAAACACGUACAAGUGGAAAAGCCUAGUAAUAGUGGAUCAGAGUAUUACAACUAUCAACAUUAUUUCAGCAUUGUAUUACUUGCGGUAGUAGAUGCCGAUUACAACUUUUUACAUGCAGAUAUUGGAGGAAAAGGUGGAAUAUCUGACGGAGGUGUGUUUAAAAACACACGCUUGUACCAGAAGCUGGAAAACAACAGUUUGAACGUUCCGGAACCUGAACCACUGCGAGUUCCAUAUGCAAUGCGAGUACCUUACUUUCUUUUAGGCGAUAAAGCGUUUGCUUUUACCAGGUACUGCAUUCGACCAUUUGGAGGCAUGCAUGCGGAAGGGACAAUUGAAAGAGUUUUCAACAAACGUCACUCUCGUGCUCGAAUGAUCGUUGAAAAUGUGUUCGGGAUUUUAGCCAACCGUUUCCGAAUUUUUAAAAGCCCGAUUCUGCUAGAGCCAGAAGAAGCUAAAACGGUUAUUAUGACAACAAUAUAUCUCCAUAAUUUUCUUCGACAGAGUGCUUCACGCAAUACAUACACUCGCCCUUCAUCUUUUGACAGGGUCGUCAAUGGGCGUUUUGUAGGAGGCGAGAGAGCUCCAACUACAAUGAGCGGACUACAAGGCAUACCCUGUCGCACGCCAAACGACUUGUUGAAUAUACGUUUACACAUUGCACAUGAUCUUAAGUAUAAUAACCAACUUAAUCAUUAAUGCAAUACAACUCUUUGUAUGUGCCAUUUAUUAAGUUGAUAAUUAGUUAUUAAAUCGUAGAAUGUGCGUAGAUUACAUGCAGUUACACAUUAUAUGUAUAAUAUGCUAACCCACAUCGUCGCUACUACACUUGUACCUAUGCAUUGUCCACCCACCAUUGUUUAGAUGAAAGAAUGGUUCAACGUGAAUCGCGCUUGGCAAGUUAUUAAGAUAAAACGAUUUAUUUGCGAUCGUUUUAUAAACACCAAACACAACACAAGUGUUUAGAAACACAAGUGUAUUGUAGGGAACACGCGUAUGAUGAAGGCUCCUGUAUUAAUGCUUGAUGAUGUUUUUUUCAAAAACGAAUUCCUUUAUGAGAAUAAUGAAACAUGAACUAGCAACAGAAGUACUAAUACAACUAUUUGUUAUACUCAUUCCACGAAAGCUUCGCGUGUUGAGCAAAAUAAAAUACCGUAUGAAAUAAAAUUUUAUAGUAACGCGCUACAGAG